AAUAUUGGCGUAAUGUUGGCGGCCCUUUUAUUUUUGUGUCAUGGCUGAAGUCAUGUUGGCAGACAAUCAGUUGAUAAAUUCUCAACAGUGAUUUUAAUUUCGUAGAGCAACACACUAGUAAGCUGAAACUAAGCUAUCCCGCAAAUAUGACUGAAGAACGUCUUGUAACGGAAGUACCCAGUAGUUUGAAACAGCUUGCUCGUCUUGUUGUUCGUGGGUUUUACACAAUCGAAGAUGCUCUAAUAGUGGACAUGCUCGUAAGAAAUCCUUGUAUGAAAGAAGAUGACAUCUGCGAACUGCUCAAGUUCGAAAGAAAAAUGUUGAGAGCCAGGAUAGCUACAUUGAAGAACGAUAAAUUCAUUCAAGUUCGAUUAAAAAUGGAAACAGGUCCUGAUGGAAAAGCACAAAAAGUGAAUUACUACUUCAUAAAUUACAAGACAUUCGUGAACGUGGUGAAGUACAAACUGGACCUGAUGCGCAAGCGCAUGGAGACGGAGGAGCGCGACGCCACCAGCCGCGCCAGCUUCAAAUGCCCUGCGUGUGGCAAGACGUUCACAGACCUCGAGGCAGAUCAAUUAUACGACAUGAUGACACAAGAGUUCCGAUGUACAUUUUGUAACCAAGUUGUUGAAGAGGACCAAUCGGCGCUACCUAAAAAGGAUUCCAGAUUACUGUUGGCCAAAUUUAACGAACAGUUGGAAACAUUGUACAUACUGCUACGAGAAGUGGAAGGAAUAAAACUGGCGCCUGAGAUAUUGGAGCCAGAACCAGUAGACAUCAACACAAUCAGAGGUCUGAAUAUGAAGCAGCCGAUGCGCGGUCCGGGCGGCGAGCAGUGGUCGGGCGAGGCGACGCGCAACCAGGGGCUGGCGGUGGAAGAGACGCGCGUGGACGUCACCAUCGGCGAGGACACCGGCGCCGCCGACGCCGCCGCCGCGCGCAAGGAGCGGCCCGUCUGGAUGGUGGAGAGCACCAUUGCCGCCAACGACCAGGGCGACAGCGUACAUUCAACAGACGCCGCUCUUGAGAAGGCCGCAAGCAAUGCAAGCAACGUUAAAAGUGCUGGGAAAGAAAAGAACGAUGACAUCAUGUCUGUUCUCUUGGCACAUGAAAAACAAACUACAGGUACUUCAGCGGCCAACGCGUUGAAAGGCAUUGAACAAGAUAGUUCAGAUUCUAGUGACAAUGAAUCUAAGGACCCAUACAAACUCAAAGAUGAAUUAGCUGCUGUUGCUGAAAUGGAAAGCGAAGACUCAGAUUCAGAUGACAACGCGCCUACCGUGCUGGUAAAUGGCAAGGCAGUGCCUAUCACCAGCGUCGACGAUGACGUCAUCGCACAGAUGACGCCCACAGAGAAAGAAACAUACAUACAGGUAUAUCAGGAAUAUUAUAGCCAUAUGUACGAUUAAAUUACUUCAAUAGAUAAGGAUAAAUGUUAUGUUAAGAACGUUAUUAAUAAACGACGCAUUAAUCGUC